GCCCGUAGGCCGGGUCAGCUCCCGGGAGGAGUUUUGAGGGUGCGCAGAGUGCGCCCUCGACCCCGGGGUAUCCAUAGUAACGCGUCAGUCGCUAAUCUCGGGACCACUCUCCUAUGGGUGCUCCCGGCAGACUCUAAAUGUCUCGGGGUCUCCAGGGAGUGUAGAGCGCUGGUUCUGGGGGGCGCAGGGACAAAAAUCAGCUGGCGAGUUUUUUUCAAAACACGUGACUCUGCCUUGCCACCCACUCCACUCUCGCGGGCAGGUCAGCGCUCCGGGGACGGCAGCCACGUGUAUUUGGGAGAAAACUCUCCUGGUGCUUCUGAUAAAUUCCCCCUACGCAACGAUUGAGAACCACUGAUGUCUCAGAGAGAUCAUGGGAAUUUCUUAGCCCCUCUGCAAUGCGGGAUUCCAUUUUAGGCACUAGGAUGCCACUUCUAGAAGGGGAAGGAGGCACAGCAGAAAAUCAGCCACGACUAAACUGUGUGGACAAUCCCAUGAUUGCCUCCACAUUCCUCCAGUGGAAAUCUGGGAAGCACUCUGCUCUUCUCUCCGUUUCACGGAUACUGGCCCCUACAUCAGCCCUUGGGCUUAAGCCCUGGGGGCCCGGACACCUGGGUGGCUGAGUCAGCACCUCAGGAAUGGGCUUCAGUAGGAAACCUGGUGAUUCAGGGCCUCAAGAAUGGCGUUGGACAAGCCAACAAACCAGCUGCCUGGGCCGCCUCCUUCUCUUCUUCCUACUUGUGGAGACAGCAACAAGGAACUCAACUCAGCUCAUCCCUGGGUACCCAAGUUCUCCUUCCACAUUCUGGACCCCCCACCCCUCUGCUGGGUCAGCCCUGAUGCUUCUCAGAGAGCCCCAGAAACUGGAUCAGGACUCGGGGCAGAAGGUUUCAGGGUUCAAGGGGACAAAGAAGUAAACUUAGUGGAACUUCCAAGGAACCCUACUUUUCUACCGUAAGCACCAAAAACCACUUCUCACAUCCAAGAGAGCUGCCUCCCCUUUCUUCACUUCUUUCCUCGCCUCAGUUUCCCUCAACCUGGUUGCAAAGUCAGGCAGUCUCCCUUCUUCCCUUCCUUCGUACCAUCAGACAAACACAACGUGCAGUCUUUUCUUUUUGGUUUGGUUUUAAAGCAUUUCUCUGUUGAUCACUGUGUGUGUAGGAGGGGGAGACAAGAUUUUGAGAAAUCAGAUUUAACAUCUUGGCCCCAUAGUCCUAUAAUCCUUUGAUAGGAUUUUCUUUUUGCUUUUGCUAUUUUGGCUGCUCCUCUCUGGCAUCCCCUUUAAAUCCACUCAGGGUUGAAGAUGGGACAAUAGAUGUCUCCUCUGCUCUGCUGCCCUUCAGCUCCUGCCUCUCCAGCCUUCACCCCUCCCAGGCACGGAGGCGGGGCCCCGAGAGGUUUGGCCACAGGUUGCCCUAGAAGGGGUGUGAGUGGUCUGGUCGGACAGGUGACUGUGAGCUGGGACGCCUGAGGCCUGCCCCAACUGAGUCACCGUGCUGUUGUUGUCACCAUCCUUGUUGAAGUCCCUGCUCAGCAACCCAGACCUCCGUGGAAACAACAGCAGCUCCCAUCCUUCCAAGCUUUCAGAAGAAGGUGCCGGCCUGAUGGUGAGGCGAACGGGUUGGGGGGGGAGCAGGAGGCAGCGGGGGCGGUGGGGAGACCUGGGGCCUGGAUCAGUGCCCCUCCUCCCUACGCCACUGCCUCCUCUUCCUCCCCCUCUGUGUCGGGGGCCUGGGGGAGGGAGGGUCUCCAUCUUCUCUCUGUCCCCUGCCCCUCACACAAGAAGCUCUACUUCCUCAGCUCCCCCUCUGGCCCUGGGGCCCCCCUGCCCAGUGGUGCAGGCCCCAGGGACCUCUCAGUCUCGCCACAGUGCCCUCCCCACCCCAGCCACCCCCCCAACACAGGCACGGCCUGCGAUGAUACCCAUCUCUGCUCCCCAAUCCUGGGGUUCCCACUCCACUCCACCCCUGGCCUCGGUGACUCCCCCUCCCACAUGCCGAUGCCCCCAGGAUCCUCCUGGGCUGCGGAUAGGCCCUCUGAUCCCAGAGCAGGAUUAUGAGCGGCUGGAGGACUGUGACCCUGAGGGGUCCCAACAUUCACCCCUCCAUGGGGAGGAGCAGCAGCCCCUGCUUCAUGUGCCUGAAGGGCUCCGAGGCUCCUGGCACCACAUCCAGAACCUGGACAGCUUCUUCACCAAGAUCUACAGCUACCACCAGAGGAAUGGCUUUGCCUGCAUCCUGCUGGAGGAUGUCUUCCAGCUGGGACAAUUUGUUUUCAUUGUCACCUUCACCACCUUCCUCCUUCGCUGUGUGGAUUACAAUAUUCUCUUUGCCAACCAACCAAAUAACCGGACAAGACCUGGGCUGCUCCACAGCAAAGUAACCUUGUCGGAUGCCAUCCUACCCUCAGCUCAGUGUGCCCAGCGGAUCCGCUCCAGUCCCCUGCUGGUCUUCCUUCUGAUCCUGGCAGCGGCCUUCUGGCUGUUCCAGCUGCUUCGCUCAGUCUGCAACCUCUUCAGCUACUGGGACAUCCAGGUGUUUUACAGGGAGGCCCUACACAUCCCACCGGAGGAGCUCAGCUUGGUGCCCUGGGCGGAGGUGCAGUCCCGCCUCCUGGCGCUGCAGAGGAGCGGGGGGCUGUGCGUGCAGCCGCGGCCGCUGACCGAGCUGGACGUCCACCACCGCAUCCUGCGCUACACCAACUACCAGGUGGCGCUGGCCAACAAGGGCCUGCUGCCGGCUCGCUGCGCGCUGCCCUGGGGAGGCAGUGCGGCCUUCCUCAGCCGCGGCCUGGCGUUCAACGUCGACCUGCUCCUCUUCCGCGGGCCCUUCUCCCUCUUCCGCGGGGGCUGGGAGCUGCCCGAUGCCUACAAGCGCAGCGACCAGCGGGGCGCCCUGGCGGCGCGCUGGCGGCGCACGGUGCUGCUACUGGCCGCCGUGAACCUCGCGCUGAGCCCGCUGGUGCUGGCCUGGCAGGUGCUGCACGCCUUCUACAGCCACGUGGAGCUGCUGCGGCGCGAGCCGGGCGCGCUGGGGGCGCGCCGCUGGUCCCGCCUGGCCCGCCUGCAGCUGCGCCACUUCAACGAGCUGCCGCACGAGCUGUGCGCGCGCUUGGCCCGCGCCUACCGCCCCGCCGCCGCCUUCCUGCGCGCCGCUGCACCCCCGGCGCCCCUGCUCGCUCUGCUGGCCCGCCAGCUCGUCUUCUUCGCCGGCGCGCUCUUCGCUGCUCUCCUCGUGCUCACCGUCUACGACGAGGACGUCCUCGCCGUGGAGCAUGUGCUCACCGCUAUGACCGUGCUCGGGGUCACCGCUACCGUGGCCAGGUCUUUCAUUCCAGAAGAGCAGUGCCAGGGUCGUUCCCCACAGCUCCUGCUGCAGGCGGCUUUGGCCCACAUGCAUUACCUUCCAGAGGAGCCCGGCCCUGCCGGCAGGGUCAGCGCUUACCGGCAGAUGGCGCGGCUGUUGCAAUACCGAGCGGUCUCCCUCCUGGAGGAGCUCCUGUCCCCUCUCCUCACCCCCAUGUUUCUGCUCUUCUGGUUUCGCCCACGUGCCCUGGAGAUUGUUGACUUUUUUCAUCACUUCACUGUGGAUGUGGCUGGGGUUGGUGACAUCUGUUCCUUUGCCCUUAUGGAUGUGAAACGUCAUGGCCACCCUCAGUGGCUCUCGGCCGGACAGACAGAGGCCUCGCUGUCUCAGCGUGCAGAGGAUGGAAAGACUGAGCUGUCCUUGAUGAGGUUCUCCCUGGUACAUCCGCAAUGGCGCCCCCCAGGGCACAGCUCCAAGUUCCUGGGGCACCUUCGAGGCCGGGUACAACAAGAUGCAGCCUCCUGGGGUGCCACCUCGGUUCGCAGCCCCCCCACCCCUGGGGUGCUCAGCGACUCCUCCUCACCUCUGCCGGAGGCCUUCCUAGCCAACCUCUUGGUGCACCCCCUCUUGCCUCCGCGGGACCUGAGCCCCACAGCCCCCUGCCCAGCUGCAGCCACAGCCAGCCUCCUGGCUUCCAUUUCCCGCAUUGCUCAGGACCCAAGCUGUGUGUCCCCAGGAGGCACUGGGGGCCAGAAGCUGGCCCAGCUCCCAGAGCUUGCUUCUGCUGAGAUGAGUCUCCAUGCUAUCUACCUGCACCAGCUCCAUCAGCAGCAGCAGCAGGAACUGUGGGGUGAGGCUUCGGCCUCCACCCUGUCCAGGCCCUGGUCCAGCCCCCUGCAGACACUCUCGCCUGAUGAGGAGAAGCCAUCCUGGUCAAGUGAUGCUGAUGGCUUUUCUCAUCAGGCUCCAGUCCUGCCUCCAGCCCCAAACAGCGGUGGAGAACCCAGAGGACCCAGAAUCUGUUCCCUGGAGGGUUUCAGGAGACCACAGACACCCAGAAGGAGCCUGGCCAGGCCCCUAGCACUGACUGAGGGGGCUCCUCUGGGUUCCCUGGCUUCUCCAGCCACAGGAGAUCAGACGAGGGGGAGUGGAAGGACACGCCAAGCCCUCUUUAGAGGCCCCCCAUGGACUAUGGGCCCAAGGAUGCUUUAGUUGGGCAGGACUUGGAGGUUAAUGAUGAACUAGCCCCAGAGGGCAGAGAAAGAGCAAGAGAAGAGAUGCCGAAGGCAUCUGGAAACAAGUCUUAGGGACGAUUCCCACGUGGAAGGGCUAAGGGGACACCUCCCAACUAGCUGUCCUGGAGCAGUUGCCUGGGAAGCAGUCCCCAAGUAUCCUCAAGGUGGAGGGCAGGGCCAAGGCAGAGGCCAAACCAAACCUAAGGACAAUAGUGAGGAACAGGGCCUGAGAGGCAGUGGGUCCUCCCGGCCCGCCUGGCCUCCUGCUUCCCACCGGACUUGUGGAGGCGGGCAAUGGGGGCUUGCGAGUGGAAAGGCUGAUGUUUUUGAAGUUCAGCACUCGUGUGACGUCUGAGGAAGUGGGUGUGACUCCUCAUCCUGUCUGAAAAAAGCAGUAAAGGUUCCUCACGGCUGUAUUACACAUCGUUGUGACCUGGGUCUCUGCCAUCCUCACUCCUGGCAGCUGAGAGCUGUACCUGCUUCUCAAUCAAGAGCUAGGAAGCAACACAGGAGAACUGCCUGUGAUUGGCUGGAAGCCACGUUUCUAGAGUGCUGGGUCAGUGGAGCGUGUACACUGCAGCGCCCCAUCAAAGAAUUACCACGCCUCUCCUGCCCCACCCCCUAACACCCUCAUCUGCAUAAGUUAAAAGACAAAGCUUGUCGUUCUCUAGUUUUAAUCAAUGGGAGCUGGGUUAGGCAU